CCAAGCAACCUUGACAUGAACGAGGGGGGAUGCUGCGGGUGGUGGGCUCGUCGUUGCCCCGCUGCAGACUUCGUCCGCUUCUCCCACGCGCGAUCUCUCCAACGCUCUCGCGCCGCCGCGCUCUCCUCCUCCUCCUCUCCUCCUCCUCCGGCUUCGGGGCCCCUUCCUGCUGUCGCGGCUCUUCCCUUGCGCACUCCUACUCCUCCAUGUCCAUGGCGGCGCCGCCGGUGGCGAAGAAGGUGCCGCGUGAGCUCGUCGACCACGGCGACGUCCGCGUCGACAACUACUACUGGCUCCGCGACGACUCCCGAUCCGACCCCGACGUCCUCGCGCACCUCCGCGCCGAGAACGACUACACUACCGCCGUCAUGUCCGAUGUCAAGCAACUCGAGGAUGAAAUAUAUGCUGAAAUCAGAGGAAGAAUUAAGGAGGAUGAUAUAGAUGCACCUCUUCGCAAAGGGCAGUACUACUACUAUGAAAGGACAUUGGCUGGCAAGGAGUAUGCACAACACUGUAGGCGCCUUGUACCACCCGAUGCUCCAAUUACAGUCCACGACGUGAUGCCCACAGGACCUGAUGCUCCUGUUGAGCAUAUUAUUCUGGAUGAGAAUGUCAAGGCUGAGGGCCAUGAUUACUACAGCAUUGGUGCUUUCAAGGUCAGUCCCAACAAUAAGCUAGUGGCUUAUGCAGAAGACACUAAAGGCGAUGAAAUUUACACUGUCUAUGUCAUUGACUCCGCGAGUGGACAAUAUGUUGGGCAACCACUUAAAGGAAUUACUUCUGACAUUGAGUGGGCUGGUGAUGAUCACCUUGUUUACAUUACAAUGGAUAGCAUUCUUCGGCCAGAUAAAGUAUGGCUCCAUAAGUUAGGGUCUGAUCAAUCAAGCGAUGCUUGUCUUUAUCAUGAGAAAGAUGACACAUUUUCUCUUGGCCUUCAAGCCUCUGAAAGCAAGAAAUAUUUAUUUGUUGGGUCUGGAAGCAAAAACACUAGCUUUAUAUUCUACCUGGACACAUCCAAACAGAACAAGGAACUUGCGGUUUUGACGCCUCGUGUGUAUGGCAUUGAUACAACAGCUAGUCAUCGUGGAAAUCAUUUCUUUAUUACAAGGCGAAGUGAUGAAUUUUACAAUUCUGAAUUGGUUGCUUGCCCACUGGAUAAUGUAGCUGAGACCACUGUACUGCUACCACAUAGAGAAAGUGUGAAAAUACAGGACAUCCAGCUCUUUGACAACCAUAUUGCUGUAUAUGAGCGUGAGAAUGGCCUGCCCAAAGUAACCGUAUACCGGCUACCUGCUAUUGGAGAGACAAUUGGACAACUUCAGGGAGGUCGGACGAUUGAUUUUAUUGAUCCAACAUAUGCUGUGGACCCUGAGGAGUCACAGUUUCAUUCCACUGUUCUUCGAUUUCAUUAUAGCUCAAUGAGGACCCCACCCUCUGUUUACGACUAUGAUAUGGAUUCAGGGGAGUCUGUGCUGAAGAAGAUUAAACCCGUUUUAGGUGGAUAUGAUGCAUCGAAUUAUGUAACAGAAAGGAAGUGGGCUGCUGCAGCCGAUGGCACUCAGAUCCCCAUGUCCAUUCUAUACAGAAAAGAUCUUGUGAAGCUUGAUGGCUCAGACCCUUUGCUGCUAUAUGGCUAUGGCUCCUACGAGAUUUGCAUUGAUCCGAGUUUCAGAGGAUCAAGAUUCUCUCUAGUUGAUAGAGGUUUCAUAUAUGUGAUAGCUCAUAUUCGUGGUGGUGGGGAAAUGGGCCGGAAAUGGUAUGAGGAUGGGAAGCUUUUGAAGAAGAAGAACACUUUUACCGAUUUCGUUGAUUGUGCUGAGCACUUGAUACAAAACAAAUACUGUUCCAAGGAAAAGCUUUGCGUCAAUGGCAGAAGUGCAGGUGGCUUACUGAUGGGUGCUGUCCUAAAUAUGAGGCCUGACUUAUUCAAGGCUGCUGUUGCUGGAGUCCCUUUUGUUGAUGUUGUGACAACUAUGCUUGAUCCAACUAUCCCACUGACAACAGCUGAAUGGGAGGAGUGGGGUGAUCCAAGAAAAGAAGAAUAUUACUACUAUAUGAAAUCAUACUCUCCUGUUGACAAUGUGGCAGCACAAGAGUAUCCCAACAUUCUUGUCACCGCUGGCUUAAACGAUCCUCGCGUGAUGUACUCUGAACCGGCGAAAUACGUGGCGAAACUGAGGGAGCUGAAGACAGAUGGCAAUCUUCUGUUGUUCAAGUGCGAGCUGGGUGCUGGACACUUCUCCAAGUCGGGAAGGUUUGAGAAAUUACAAGAAGAUGCGUUUACUUACGCAUUUAUCCUCAAGGCGCUGGGCAUGACUCCAAAGCUGGCUUCGUUGUGAAUGUGAUGGAAGAUGACAUUGGGGGGGGGGGGGGGGGGGGGGGGGACGGACGUUGAUGGAACUAGGAUUCAUUCAACCCAUAUGAUUGGAGCAGGGCAGUAUGGCGGUUUAGCCCAGAGCCUGAGAGGUCAGAGGAGGAGAGGAGAGUUUGUUGAUUGAUCAUUACCAUCAUCAUCAUAUUCAAAUUGGCAUAAAUUCAGGAAACGUCACUACUUUCUGGUGGUGUCCAGCAAACAGCACUCUAAAUUCAUGUAUUUAUCAAACAACACCGGUUUCAUAAAAUAAAUUUGUAAAAUAGCACUUCAUAUGCU